UUACUGACUGUCGUAGCAUCAGCACAGCACAGCACAGCAGUGAAAAUGAAGUGAUAGUUCGGUGAACAUUCACCUGGUCGGAUCUCUCUUACGUGCGUAUCUGCACUCCGUAUAACCUUUCUUACCGCGAGAGAUUCGCGUUCGCCUUCAAUAAUCAAUAAAAUGGGGUCCCUUAUACAAAUCUUCUCACGUUCCAUUUUUCAUUUCCAAGUUCUUCAGCCUCAACACCUCACCAGAGUGACCUCAAUACCUUCACAUAUCUCAGCGAAUCUCAAGACUCAAAAGCUUCCCGACGACCAUGACAAUGACAGUCUCACCACCAGCACUCCUUCGAAUCACGGGAUUCACGAGAAGAUCGAAUCUCGUGUACUUCCUCCUAACAGCCUGUGUAUUCGCAAUAUUCUGUCUGCGCCAUGUCAAUUGGAAGAAGCCCUCCAUACCAGGGGAAGAAUAUUGGUAUGGAAGGGAGGAGGACUGGGGGAUGAAGGUUGCUAUACACGUCCAUUUAUUAUGCGUUAUCCGUGGGUCUUCCUGUUUCCGUGAAGAUUGAGGAGAGGGGUACUGAUUAUGAGAUAGCUGCUGGGAUGCUCUUGCCGCUACAAUUCCUGCCUGUGAUGAGGAAGAAAUAUAUUGGUUUGCAUAGAUAUUCUGGCAGGCUACUUUUUGUACUGUUGAUCGUUGGGAAUAUAAGUACGUCAACCCUCUCGUCUGGCCUAUGGAAAGCAGAAAGAUACUGACCAUCCAAAACCAGCUGCGCUACGACUCGGCCCCAAGUCCGUAGGCGGGACAAUCGACACGCAAUCUCUUAUAAUCGUCGUGGCGAUUGGGAGUACCAUUUCGAUAUUCAAAUCCUGGUCUGCGAUCCGGGGGCUAAGAAUUGAUCUACACAGGGUGUGGGCGAUGAGAACUUGGGCGCUGAUUGGAUCCGUGAGUUUUUCUGUUUCUCCCGCUGUGUCUAUUUGACCACAACAUUAAUGAAUCCAGAUCCUGACACUGAGAAUAAUGCUCUAUCCCCUCAUUAUCGGGAUCCUGGUCCUCUCACCAAAUCAAUACCACGUCGCCAAGUCUUGCGCGGAAAUCAUCUUUUUGUACCCCCCUCAUUUCACCAACUCCACAGCCUUUUCGGAUUUGUAUCAAAGGUAUCCUCUUUGUAGAGGUGGGAAUGCGAUGGAGGAGACGUUCGUUGCGGUGACGGUGACGAUGAAUAGGGAGAGACCGGAGGAGAUGGCUGCUAUGUUCCAUGCGACGUUCGGGGCGGCAUUUUGGUUAGGGUUGGCUAUCAAUAUGUUGGCUUGUGAGAUUUAUCUGCAUGCAACGAGGGAUGAAGAUGAAGGGUUGAAGAAGGUUAGCAUGAGCAAAAGGAAGGCUUUGGGUUUGGAGGCAAAGAGAGAGUGA